UAAAUGUAAAAAUACGAUUUCAUCUUCAACCUAAUGGAUUAUCAUUAUAACGUCAACGUCAAAAAUCUAUGCACUUUAAGAAAUUCGAAUUAUUGUUUUUAAAGGAGACAAGAUAAGGAGCAUGAUAAUUUCUAAUUGUAGACACAAAAAUAAAUUAUUUCUCUUAUCAUUAAACCUGUGGGAAAAAUUAGUUGAUACCGAUAUAAUUAUAUAAUCAAUUAAUAGCAUGAGUAACAUUGGUAGUCUAGACACAUCUGAACUACAAAAACACGUUAACGCAAUUGAUAGCUAUACAUAUGACCAAAUUGAUUGCGUUUGCGAAGCACUUAUUCAAAGUCAAGAUUUUAAUACAUUAGCAAAAUUUUUGUGGUCUAUUCCACGCAAUGAUAUUGUUCGAAAUAGCGAGCAUGUUGUCAAAGCCAAAGCUCACGUGGCAAUGUAUCAAGAGCGUUACCGAGAAUUGUACAAUAUUCUUGAGAAUCAUAAAUUUAAGUCCGAAAAUCACCCAAUUUUACAACAAAUGUGGCACGAUGCUCAUUAUUUAGAUGCCGAAAAAAUGAGAGGCAGACCACUUGGUGCUGUUGAAAAAUACAGAAUAAGAAGAAAAUACCCCUUACCUAGAACAAUCUGGGAUGGGGAAGAAACCGUAUAUUGUUUCAAGGAAAAAUCAAGACAAGUUCUCAGAGAUUGGUAUGAAAACAAUAAGUACCCUACCCCCCAAGACAAACGAAUUCUAGCAAAACGGACUGAAUUAACUUUAGUUCAAGUAUCAAAUUGGUUUAAGAAUCGUAGACAGCGAGACAAACCUCAAUCUGAUAGCGGAGAUGAAAAACCGAGUAGCAUCAGAUCAAUUAAUAGCGAGCAGUGGCCAGACGACACCGGACUGAGCGUAAAUAUAUACAACUAGUUGCAACCAAAUAAAGCUGUUUUAAAAUUAUUCAAUCAAAAUAAAAAAUUUUAAUAUCAACAAAUGAAUUAAACAGAUAGUGAGAAUAAUAACGGCAAUAUAAAUAGUGCAACUAAAAAGAACAAUACAGUUCAAUGACGCAAAAGUCUGUGAAAAACUGGUAUUAGCUACAACUAUAAUAAAAAACAACAAUGUUUCUGAUACCUACCAACAAGGAUUCCAAUACCUACCUAUUUUAUUCAUCUACUCGAAUCAGUUUGGCUCAAGACAAUGGCUGUUUAGAGUAGCUUAAUGUAAUUAAGUUGCCAA